UCUUUCGUCAGAGAAAUGGCUAAGCAUGUUUGAACUUAUGAGCUGUAAUGAAAGACAAAAUAACUGGGCCAUCCAAAAAGAAGGCUUCUUCUAUUGAUGUACGACCAAGUGGCCGAAGACCGAGUAACGUCGUUAAUCCCUUUCUUUUACCGGAAUUUGACGAGGAAAAUUAUGACCCCAGAACCGAAUCAGCGCCGAGCGUCAAUGAAGAAACCAAAUCAGCCCCAACAAUCUGGCAGAAAGGAGGGGGUGUGAGUUUUAAAAAGGUCGCGAAGGCUAUAACUCAACAGAGAAAAUGGUCAAAUGUGCUCAAGGAAGUGCGUCAAUCAGAUGACCACACCCGAGCAAGAGGAUUUGUUGCUAAAUCUGAAGAUGGAAAAGGAAGACUUAGCUUCAAUGUUAACGCCUUCAAGUCCCAUGUCCAAUCUUGUGGAUUUCUGUCACCAAGUGUGAAGAAAACAUUAAGAACUCUUUCCUGGAACAGAACUGCAGAGGAAAUUGAAGUAAUUCUUCAAGUUGUGAAGAAGUUGAAAUGUUUUGCUCGUUAUCCUAUGUACGUCAAACGAGAACUGGCCAAAGUGUUAUAUUACGACAUGUUUGACAAAGGCAGAGUGGUUAUAAAACAGGGACAUGUUGGCAUUUCGUUUUACUUUAUCGUGUCAGGUUCAGUGAUAGUAGAAAGAAUGGAAGAAGAUAAAAAUACUGGAGAACAACAUAAACAGGUUGUUGGUGAGAUGUCGGAAGGAGACGCUUUUGGAGAACUGGCUUUGCUUCACAACAUCAGAAGAACAGCUACGAUCAUAUGUAAAGAAAACUCAGAGUUCCUUAGAGUUGACAAACCUGAUUUUGACGAGGUUUUACGAAACAGUCAUCAAAUCGAAUGGGAGAGAAAGCUAUCUGUGCUUAAUUCGCAGCCGCUUCUCUCAGAAUGGGCAAACACUGAAAUACGACAUACAGUUGAACAUACCAAGCUCAGAGAGUUCCCUCCUAACACGGUGAUUCUUGGCGAUAUAGAUGGUCCCGCUGAUGACGUAUAUUUCAUUCAAUCUGGCACGUGUAAAGUAGUGAGAGAAAUAGCAAUGAUACGAAAGGAAUCUUCUUCCGGUAAAAUCAGCCUACGACUUCCGCCUAUCAACUUCAACCGGAAAAACAUGAAAGACAAGGAAAGAGUGGUGAAAAAAUUCAUUAUUGUUCACGAGUUAAACAGAGGAGAUUUCUUUGGAGUGGGCGAGGAUUUCAGGAAAACAUUCAUUAUAACAGUUGGAAGAGUACACUGUGUGCUGAUCAGACAACUCAUCUUCAUGAAAAAGGAGAGAGGAAAAACACUGGAGACAUUAAAACAGAAACUGAGCGAAGCCUUUAUUACAGAAAAACAGGCUUUUAAGUGCUACAUUGAGGACAGAAACUGGAAGAUUUAUAAGAAGAGGCUAAUUGAUGACAUUAUCACAAGACGCACGAGACCACACAAAACAAGUUUUGAUGAUGUCCCUGUUGUAGUAAGAGCUGACAACAAAGAUUACUUUGAUUCAUGAUUGAUAUGAGUAAAGACAAGGUCU